AGGAGGAGUGGAGUUUGGAUGCUUCGGUCGAGCCCGGACUGCCGCUUUUUCACUCGAACUCAGCACAAGUUCUCCGAGCAAGUUUCGCUGAAGAAGUCGUGGAAUGUCUGGAAGAGGAAUGGAGCUUUGGACUGGCCGGUUCUGCUGCGUACUGUUGAGCCUCUUUGCAGGUCUGGCCUCCGGUGUGGAGAUCACAGCUUCGGCGCAGGGACCCAUAGAGAAGGCCAGCGGUCAGAGUGUGAAGCUGGACUGCCAGUUCAGUCUGAGCCCCGAAGACUCUGGACCGCUGGAUAUUGAAUGGAGCUUGCUGUCCUCCGACAACCAGAAAGAAGACAAAGUGGUGAUCCUGUACUCGGGCGACAGGUCCUACGAGGACUACUAUGCACCAAUGAAGGGCCGAGUCCACUUCAACUCAGCAGACCCCAAGAACGGCGACGCCUCCAUCAACCUGACGGGGCUGAAGUCGUCAGACUCGGGCACUUACCAGUGUAAAGUGAAGAAGGCUCCCGGUAUCCGAGGCAGGAAGAUGCUGCUGAUCGUCAUGGUGAAGCCAUCCAAGCCCAGGUGCUACACCGAAGGCCCCAUGCAGGAAGGCAAAGACAUUGUGCUGAGGUGCAAAUCUAAAGAGGGCACCAACCCCCUGCAGUACAGCUGGGAGAAGACCAGCGACGGCAAGCUGCUGCCCAGCUCCGCUGUGAUGGAUCCAGUGGGAGGCACCAUUAACGUGAGGAACGCAUCUGCCAGCUCAUCUGGCACCUACCGCUGCACUGUUGCCAACCGCGUUGGCACUGAGGACUGUGUGCUGUAUCUCGAAGUGACGCCUCCCCCCAACACUCCAGGCAUCAUCGCAGGAGUCAUAAUUGCCGUGCUCCUGAUCCUCCUCAUUAUCGCCUUCAUCGUCUUCUGCUGUUGCCGUGCCCGUCACAGGAAGAAGUACGAGAAGGAAAUCUGCAACGAGAUAAGAGAGGAUGUGCCCCCUCCGAAGAGUCGCGUCUCAACGGCGCGCAGCUUCACCGUGGGCAGCCAGCGUUCCUCCCUGGGCUCCAUGUCGCCCUCCAACCUGCACGAGUACGCCCUGAAGCCCCAGUACGACAAGAUUCCCUCGUCAGAGGACUUUGAGAGGCCUCCGAGCCACGCCCCUCUGCCCCCGCCCACUGCUGCCAGGAUGGCCGGCCCCAACCUCAGCCGCAUGGGGGCCAUCCCCGUCAUGAUCCCUGCCCAGAACAGGGAGGGCUCCAUCGUCUAGCCUGUCCUCUUCUCGAGGAGGGGCCGUGCAACGAGGGGGAGUCAGCGGCGGAAGGGAGUAGGACACAAGCCAAUGAAGACGGAGCUGGGAUGGGCUGACUCGCCUGACUUUUAGCUCCUCAUUAUUUUACGAGUAUAUAGUAUACUCCUCUUAUGAAGGCGCUACUGAGAAGAGAAAUUGAGUUGUACUGGAAUCAAUACAGAGCACAUUAACUUUUUAUCAAAUACAAAAACAAAAUUUCUAUGAAUUUAACUUCCUGGACUUUCUCACUGAAAAAUUAAAUUGUGUGGAUAUAAAGCAGAAUGGUCAAUAUACAAAUUAUAUUGUACAUAAGUGAAUGCAUGUUUUUUUUAUAGACGGCCCUUGCUGUGGAGACAUUGUAUGUUCAAAACAGACCCAGGCCCCUAAGUGGCCAGCUAUACAGCUGUAUGCAUGCAUGUCUGUAGAAACUUGUGUGUGUGUGAGAGAGAAUGAAUAUAAGUGUAUGUUUGUGAAUGGGAGUAUGGAAAAUGUGUAUUUCAUUUAUCAUCUUUUAAUGCCUACAUAACAGUUUGAUCAUCUGUCAGGCAAUCCAGUCUCUGCUCGUUUUUGACAUUUUUUUUAAUUCCAUGAAUUUAUUUUUAAACUUUUAUCUUCUGACCUUUUGGAGAAAUUGUAAGACAGGCUUAUUAGAAAGACAGUCACAGAUUUUUAAAUAGUCCUUCGACUGAGUUGAAAAAUGUCUAUUUCGGUCCGCUUGUUUUCUGUUGAACCGUUUGCUGUUUGAAUUGUCCAGUCUGGGUUUGGGGGGGGCUGAAGUGGACAGGAUUGGCUGGUGGUGGGGGGGAGGUUCAGGCCACCACAUCUUGUGAUUGGGUGGAUUAUUGCCUCUUGACCGAGCUUAAGAAAACAAUAAAAGAGCGGCCAGCCCUCCUUUUUAGAGGUAGAAAUAAGGGGGGUAGCUGGACAGCAGGGUUCACUGAGCAAUCCGCUUUGAUUGUGUUUGACUAUCAGCAGGCC